CCACACACACACAAACACACAAACACACACGCACACUGGCGGUGAUCGCAGCAGAUGAACAACAGGAUACUAUGGAGCUCCGACUGGAGACGUGCUCAAGUUUGUUCAACAGAAAUUUGGGAGAACGUUUAUGACCACAGCUUGUUUAUUGAAGAAACAGAGAAGGGAGGAACAACUCCGUCGUCUCGAGGAUGAAAUCUGAUGUUAAUUUACGAGUGACAGAAACACCAGGAACAUUUAUCAUGAAAAGGAUGCGCUGACAACGAAUGCAAGAAGCACCUGAGCUCACACUGCCUCCCCGUCCAGCAACACUACUUUAAUGGUUGGAACUGCCCGCCCCAGCCUACAUUACUGCCCCCGCAGACACAGCCUGAUGCUCGCCGGUGCCAUGGGAGCGGUGCGGGUCAAUAGAUACAGCAUCGUUUCCACAGACGAAGAUCCCCUGAAGAUCUCCACCUUGGGCCUCCACAACGGCCACAGUCCCCUGACCCAGCAGACGCUGUCGGGGGCCUGCAUGCGGACUGAAGAAGGAGGCGAAGUGGGGGAUUGUCCAGGAGUUGACGAGGCCAGAGGGGCCUUAUCUCUGAGGGUGACGAAGGAGCCCAUCAUCCACAACAGCUGCCGCGCUUCACCUGCCUGCCGCCUGGGCCUGGAUCUGGGCACCGGCCGCCUGCGCAGCCGCUUUGUGAAGAAGAACGGCCAGUGCAACGUGGUGUUCAACAACAUGGAGGACAAGCCGCGGCGCUACCUGGCGGACAUCUUCACCACCUGCGUGGACAUACGCUGGCGUUAUCUGCUGCUUAUUUUCACCACCACCUUCCUUCUGUCCUGGCUGCUGUUUGCCGUGGUCUUCUGGGGGGUGGCGCUCAUCCACGGAGACUUUAGCCUCCGCGUGCCCGCGAAGGAAGGGGAUCCUGGAGCCAACGGAGAGGACGCAAAAGACGAAUGGCGGCCGUGCAUUCUCCACAUCCAGGGUUUCAUUGGCGCCUUCCUCUUCUCCAUAGAGACCCAGACCACCAUCGGAUACGGUUUCCGGUGUGUGACCGAGGAGUGCCCGGUCGCCGUGGUGACUGUGGUGGUCCAGUCCAUCGUGGGCUGCAUUAUUGACUCCUUCAUGAUCGGCACCAUCAUGGCAAAGAUGGUGCGGCCCAAGAAGCGGGCGCAGACCUUGCUCUUCUCGCAUUACGCCGUCAUCGCGUUGAGAGAUGGCAAGCUGUGCCUCAUGUGGCGCCUGGGAAACAUGCGCAAGAGCCACAUCGUCGAAGCGCACGUCCGCGCGCAGCUCAUUAAGCCGCACGUGACGGCGGAGGGCGAGUACCUCCCUUUGGAGCAAACGGACAUUGAUGUCGGCUACGACGACGGGCUGGACCGGCUGUUCCUGGUGUCCCCGUUGGUGGUGGUCCACGAGAUUAACAAGACCAGUCCUCUGUAUGACGUGAGCCGCAGCGACCUGCUCAAGGAGGACUUUGAGAUCGUGGUCAUCCUGGAGGGGAUGGUGGAGGCCACAGCCAUGACCACCCAGGCCCGCAGCUCCUACCUGUCCAAGGAGAUUCUGUGGGGUCACCGCUUUGAGCCCGUGGUCUUCGAGAAGGGUGACCGCUACCAGGUGGAUUACUCCCGCUUCCACAAGUCCUACGAAGUGCCAUCCACGCCUCACUGUAGUGCCAGGGAACUGAACCAGAUGAUGGGUCGUGGCGGUGAGUCCUCAUCCUCCAGCUCGAGUUACUCCCGGUCGCCGUCGCCAUUCGCCCAGAGGGCAGGCCGCCACCUCCUGGCGCCUCACUCCCCCAGCGCGUUCUGCUACGAGAACGAGGUGGCCCUGUGCUGCGGGGACGACGAGGAGGAGGUGAAAGACGAGGCAGGGCUGAAAAUAAGAGGUGACCGAGAGGUAAAGAUAAGGGAUGACAUUCACGUGGGAUUCAAAGAGACAUUUGUGGAGGAGCAGAAGGUGGAGAUGCUGUGUGUUCUGGACUCAGAGAAUCAGAUCAGCCUUGACAGACUACAGCCCACCUUACCGUUAUACAUCAGCAGAGAGUCAGGGGUUUGAUCGAUGGUAAUGGCUGCCCAUACAUUUGUUUCCUCUCUUCGUCUGUGUGCUUCCAACCAAAGUAUUGAAAUAGUUUGAAAAUAAAUCAUUUUCUGCAGCUGCCGUAAAAUCCACUCUGCUUUCGAUCACGACUUUCUCUGGUUCCAGGUAGUGUCCACUUCCUGUAACAUCAGCAUCUAAAGAACGCAUAGCUCAUCUUCUUUGGAAAAUGGCCACUGGGUAUUUCUCUCAAAUCAUGAGGUAUCUUGAAAACGUUCUUGCUUGUUUUAGUUCAUUUGACAGUGUAUGAUCUGCAGUAAAGUCAAGUUUUUUUUUGUAAAUAUUAUAUAAGAUGUUGUUUUAACUUUGAAAUGAUUAUGCAUCAUAUACAUAAAUAAUAUGUGAAAAUUCAAUUUAAAGGGGUUCUGACACAAAUGCAAACUUCAGCAGAAUUAUUUUCUCUGUGUAAAAAAUAAAAUAUUUCGGUAUUUUGAA